AUGAUACCUGCAAGUUCUGAUGUGGAUUUAGGCGAUCCAAGUAGCCUACCAUCUGUUGGAUACAGGUAUCCAGAAAGUUAUCACAAUUCCUGGUCAUUAAGACUAAAAGUUUGGUGGUGGGAUCAUUCGGAGAGCACAAAACCAAUUAUCGUCAUUGCAAUUUCUGGUAGCCGUCCAGUGACUACAGUAACUACCUCUGAAACAACUAUCUCUAUAACACCAUCUUUAACUACUGAAUCAUAUUCGACACGCAAAACAACAACUUUUUCACCAACGAAAACAACUUUUGGAAGCACUACAACAACGACAGCAACUCCUGGAAGCACAACAAGCACUAUUCAAACUUCCAGUGCUAACAGUACAGCUUCAUCGGUUACUUACAUGUUUAACCAUAACGAUGCAACAAUAUCAUUUUAA